UAAUGGAAGGAGAUGAGGCAGGGGUGAGGUCAGCACUUGACAGGGGUGCCCGGCCCGAGGUCACCGUCCCCACUGAUGCUGGGGUGUCAUGGAGUCUGCUGGCUGUGGCUGCCAGCGAGGGCCACGAGCACCUGCUGUCGCUCUUACUGCAGGCAGGGUUAAGCAUAGAAGGUGGAGGCACCACUGACAGGACACCGCUGAUGAUGGCUGCCCUGAAUGGCCACGCCCAUACAGUGAAGGCGCUGCUGGACCUCCGUGGUAACCCUCUGGCCAUGGAUAGUGAAGGAUGGACAGCCCUACACUUUGCUUCACGGCAGGGCCACCAGCAGUGUGUGGCGGCCCUCUUGCCCGUCACCCCUCCCACUCCCGCACACCUCGAGGCACACACCCCGGUGCACGCCGCCAGUUAUGGUGGCCACGUGGAGGUACUGGAGCAGCUGGCAGGUGUUGGCUGGCCCAUCACCGCCAGGGACAGUGAUGGCCACACACCCAUGCACUUUGCUGCGGCCGGGGGUAGAGUGACAUGUGUGCAGUGGCUGGUGCAGCGAGGCGGUGACACAAGCAUACAAAAUAAUGCUGGACACACCCCGCUUGACAAGGAGCUGGUCACUGCUGUAAUGGAAGGAGACGAGGCAGGGGUGAGGUCAGCACUUGACAGGGGUGCCCGGCCCGAGGUCACCGUCCCCACUAAUGCUGGGGUGUCAUGGAGUCUGCUGGCUGUGGCUGCCAGCGAGGGCCACGAGCACCUGCUGUCGCUCUUACUGCAGGCAGGGUUAAGCAUAGAAGGUGGAGGCACCACUGACAGGACACCGCUGAUGAUGGCUGCCCUGAAUGGCCACGCCCAUACAGUGAAGGCGCUGCUGGACCUCCGUGGUAACCCUCUGGCCAUGGAUAGUAGAGGAUGGACAGCCCUACACUUUGCUUCACGGCAGGGCCACCAGCAGUGUGUGGCGGCCCUCUUGCCCGUCACCCCUCCCACUCCCGCACACCUCGAGGCACACACCCCGGUGCACGCCGCCAGUUAUGGUGGCCACGUGGAGGUACUGGAGCAGCUGGCAGGUGUUGGCUGGCCCCUCACCGCCAGGGACAGUGAUGGCCACACACCCAUGCACUUUGCUGCGGCCGGGGGUAGAGUGACAUGUGUGCAGUGGCUGGUGCAGCGAGGCGGUGACACAAGCAUACAAAAUAAUGCUGGACACACCCCGCUUGACAAGGUAGGCAGUUGGGAGGGGCAGGAGGGUGGACGUAUGGAAACUGUCUUACGAUCUGGUUCAAAGUUUAACAGAUAGAGAUUUCAAAGCAAAACAACCUGCGAUUGGAGGACCAGGUUUAUUAUAUUUUUAGUUGUACUAGUAGUAGUAUUAGUACUAGUAUUAGUAGUACUAGCAGUAGUAGAAGUAGUAGUAAUAGUAGUACAAGCAGUAGUAGUAGUAGUAGUAGUAGUAGUAGUAGUUUUAGUUAUAUUAGUAGUAGUAGUAGUAGUAGUAGUAGUAGUAGUAGUAAAAGCAGUAGCAGAAGUAGUAGUUGAAGCAGUAGUAGUAGUAGUAGUAGCAGAAGUAGUAGUAGUAGAACUAGUAGUAGUAGCAGUAGUACUAGUAGUACAAGUAGUACUAGCAGUAGUAGAAGUAGUAGUAGAAGCAGUAUUAGUAGUAAAAGUAGUAGUAUUAGCACUAGUAGAAGAAGUAGUUGCAGAAGAAGUAAUGGUAUUUUUACAAUUAACUAUUAUCAUCGUUUUCACCACAUAAAUUAAUAAUUAUGAAAUAAUUAUAGUUAUAGGUAGUUAUAGAAAAAGUGGUAGUAGUAGUAGCAGUAGUAGCAAUAAUUCUAGUAGUAGUAGUAGUAGUUAUAGUAGUUUAAGUAGUUGUAGUAAUAGUGGUUGAAGAAAUACAAGUAGUAGUAGUAGUAGUAGUAGUAGUAGUAGAAGUACUGGUAGUAGUAGUGGUACUAGUAGUAGUAGUAGUAGUAGUAGUAGUAGUAGUAGUAGUAGUAGUAGUAGUAGUAGUUGCAUUAGUAGCAGUAGUUGUAGUAGUAUUGUUGCUAGCAGUUGUAGUAGUAGUGGUGGUAGUAGUAGGAGUAGUAGUAGUAGUUGUAGUAGUAAUCGUAGUAGUAGGU